AUGGAAAAAUAUAAAAAUUAUAAAACAUCAGAAGGAGAUAAGCAGGCUGGAUCGGAAUCAGAUGCAAGCCUAUGUAGCGAUGUAUCAAGGACAGCUUCUAAGUCCGGAGGUCGCUCCCGUGGGGCGAAAAAGAGACGUAUUACAAAAUCAAUAUCGUCCAGCGACAAUGAAGCUUUUUUAAAAGAGACGAAUUCUGAGACAGGAAAAGAGGUGACACCAUUAAUGGAUAAUUCUGGAGAGUUCGUAGUGCCAGGGCCUGAGGAAGCUCUUAGUAUGGCUGAGAGGCAAGUGGAACAAAUGGCUGAAAACACCUGCCUGCGCAGUGAAAUAGAGGAGCUUCGUAAAGAGCUAUCUGAAAUCCGGCUUGAAAUGGCGAGGAUCAAUAAAACACCUGCUCCACCAACUCCUCAGGUGCGAGGAGACAAGGAAAGUGAGGAAUUGAUAAGUUCCAUUAUGCGCCAAGUUGGUGACAUGAUGAAUGCGCGAUUGGAGGCGCUUGAGGAGCGGCUUCUCCCAGAAAAGCGUGUCCGCCCUCCGCUGGCUGCUGAUGUGCGCAGAGAUGUAGUAAAUGAUGCAGACAUACUACGGCGGAAGUCUGAUACAAUUACGAAGGCUGACAAAUACGCCGUAAAAACAAGAAUAGGCAACAAGAAAAUUCCGACGCUGGAAAUACAAAGAGGAAACAGAAAGGGAAAGGGACACGAAGGGAGAACAACAGAAAUGGCAACCAACCAGCCAACAGAAUCACGCCCUCAACCUCCUGAGUCCACGGAAGAAGGAUGGACCACAGUAGUGAGAAGAGUGAUAGAUCUCUCCGAGCCCCUUCGUUUGAACCCAAACACGACUGUGCCAGCCCUAGGGGUCCCGCAGAAACGGCAGUCCAAACUUCUGGUCACCAAUCCAAGAUGGCCACCAGAAUCCGGUUACAAGCGGUUUCUCCGUGACCACCCGUCCGAAACCUGCCGUGCUUGGGGUCUUCCGACCCGGCUCGAUGAGCUCUAUAACUUGGUGAGGGUUAAAACUGAAAAAAUUUUCAGGCCCUGA